AUGAUUAACAGAGUAGUUGUUCAAACAUCGACAAGGUCAUUGCUACAACGCGUUGGCAUCUCACAGUCAAAGGUUGUAGAUCACACAUCAUCCUUAAAGACUUUAGUCACAUCUAGACUAUACUCUACAUACAACAUCAAUAUCAACAACAAUAAUAAUAGGAUAAGAUGGUCUACAACACCAAUAACAUAUAUUAGACAUUACAGUCAUACGUCGGCAGCGGCAAAGGCAGCCAAACAAUGUUGGCAAUGUAAUAUAUCAGUUCUGUCCAAGGACUUCUUCUGUCCUGUGUGCAAUGUUGUUCAAGUACCCUCAGAGAAGAUAGAUGUCUUUGAGAUAUUCUCGCUUGCACCAAGCUACCAUGUCGACCAAAAGGACCUGUCACAUCGCUUCAAGAACCUUCAGAAGAAGCUUCAUCCGGACCUGUUCAAUCAACUCUCCCAGCGUGAACAAUCAUUGUCAAAGGACCAGGCCACAUUGUUGAACAGAGCAUAUAACAUAUUGAGAUCACCAUUCCUUCGUGCAGAGUACAUGCUCAAUGAGAAGGGCUUUGACAUUGAUGGUGUGACUGACGUGGAUCCAGAGGUAUUGGCAGAGGUGUUGGAGAUAAGGGAGGCAAUCGAUGAAGCUUCAUCCGACGAGGAGGCCAUCAAGAAGUUGGCUCAUGAGAACCGUGCCAAGAUGAAUGUCUGCGAGGAGGAACUAGUCAACAUCUUCAAACAAGAGCGAUAUCCCGAGGCCCUCAACAAGACCAUCUACCUGCGAUACAUGACACAGUCGGACAACUCAUUGUCAACAUCAGCCUCAGUAGCCUCACCAUGGCUAAUCAUCAUCUCCCCACUUUGUAUUAUAAUCACAUUGGCUCUGUUUGUCAGUCCCUUUAAGACUAUGAGACGAGUAGCACUGACAGGCGUUGGACAGUUGGCAGGUGUACAGUUCAUAUCACAGACACUAAACAACUAUAAUUGGGUGGCCUACUCAAUAGUCAGUAGCAAUGCAUCUAUAUUCAUUGUCAACUCAAUCGGUGCUGCACUAUCUACCUACUAUGUCUACAUCUAUUGGACAUGUCUAAAGAAUCCAAAGCUUGAGAAGGACUAUAGAUGGAAGUGUCAGAUGGCAUUGGCAAUCUUUGUUGGUACAUUGUUCUACACAUGGUCUGGCGCCACUCAUACAAUAAGACAGGAUAGACUUGGACUUGUAUCCAGUAUCGUGUUGGUAUUAAACAGUGCUGCUCCACUUGAGAAGAUAAAGGAAGUACUGGAAACAAGGAGUAGCGAAGGAAUGGUAUUGGAGAUAUCAUUCACUGCAUUGUUGUGUAGCUGUAGUUGGACGAUCAUGGGUCUGUUGAUAACAGAUGUUUAUGUAUAUCUGCCCAAUGUACUAUCAGGUAUCCUAGCGUUUAUCCAAUGUAGUCUUAUAUUCAUGUAUCCAAAGGUCCAACAAACCUUAUCCUCCAACAACGAUGUUGUCAAUGUAGCA